UCUCGUAACUUCCUUCUCUUGUUAGUUUGCGGGUUGCCGAUAUGUUUAGACAAACAACAUUCCUCUUCCACAUUUUGGGAAAUUGAAAGGGGUGUUGAGAAAGAAAAAGAAAAAAGUUCUUUAAAGUGUGUGAAACUUUGCUGGAUUGUCAACUCGAUCACGUUCAAGGAUGUCUCUGACAGUGUCUCAGGAUGAGGGGGUGACAAUGAUCACCAUUAACUCAAACCCCAACAGCAAAUGUCCGAUACUGUGUCAGAUCCUGGGCUCUCUGUGCUACAGUCCAGUGUGUGCCGUAUCACAGCACGUGAAAUCCACGAUGAUGGACAUCUAUAUGGCACUUGGGAUUGUGCAGAUCAUAGCAGGAGUCCUCAAUCUUGUGACAGGGAUUUUAUUUAUAAGCUCUGGGAUGCAUGAUCACAUUAUGAUGUUUAAUGCUCCAUUCUGGCUUGGUGGUGUGUUCCUUGUAGUCGGAGUGGUGUCUAUUGUUGCAGAUCAGUUUCCCAGUUAUUUUCUGGUUCUCGUCACUGUGGUUUUGAACAAAGUCAGUGCUCUGCUGGCUAUGAUAGGCCUUGCACUGUAUGCAUGGGACUUGAUGGGUGAUAAGAUUACUUCAAGUUACUACUAUGGUGAUAAUAUGAUCCGUGAAGCACUGGAUAUCACUAUGAUGAUCAUUUCUGCUCUUCAGCUCUGUGUGACCCUCAGUUUCUCUGUCUUAACUCUAAAAAGAUUGUGUGAAACAAAUUCUGUGGAGGACCUUCAACUUUACAAGCCACUCAAGGAAGUCCCUGUCAGUCAUGUAUGUUAAACAGACAAUGUAAAAAAAGUUAACAUUUUAAUUCAACUAGCUUUGUGAUUAGAAGUACAUUUUUUUUCCUCCUUGUGAAAUAGCAAAUCUCCUCUACCUUAUAAUCGUCAUGGUACAUGUUUAUUUUUGGUCUUGUUUUUUAUGGUACUUUACAGCUGCUUUUUGAAAGCAUGAAGUCUAGAAUAAAAAUUAAAUUUAGAUGCAUUUUAACACCAAGUUUAAAUUCUUUACAUGUUCAAUUCAUAUAAAAUCUCUGUCUUCAUUUUUAUGAAGAUUUUUAUAUUUUCAUAACCCUCCACAAAGCAUCUUUCUUUCUUUCAGAACUUGUAUUUUCUGGGUUGCAUGUUUACGCAGAGAAACCAUUUACCUUGAGUUUGAACAAACAAAAGUCAUUUCAGCUGUCAUAAAUGGCAAUAAAACAAACCAUUCACAUGGAACAUAUUUACUAGUAGCAUCAAUGUGUUUUCUGAAACCAGAGCAAAGCAAAUAAACACCAUUAGCGUGUAGUUUGCACUGAUAUUCAUAGUUUCAUUCAUUCUCAGAUGGAUUUUGAAACAGGGUUAGUACAAAGCAUGUUUUGUGAGAGAAAUGUCAGGGGUUAUUAAUAUUUUCAAUUUAAUAAAAGGCACAAUGAAA